CCUCUGCUCCCAAAACCAUGGACCAACCAGCGACCCAAGUCCGGAGAAGACAGCGGUGUUCCUCGACAGCUGUGCGCGCCCUGACUGCGCUCUCUCCCGGACUGCGCACGCCCGAGGACCCGGUGCGCUGGAGCCACGGUGCACUCUGCUCUGGAGCACUUAGGCACGGGGCUCGUGUUUCCAAAGCUGUGGAGGAGCAGAUAAUACGGAGUGGUCAGUGCUCUGUGGACAUUCUAUCCUGCACUCUGGACUUAGGACCAUCUCUGGACACACUUCCCAGACUGGACACACAUUUCCAGACCCAAGGUCCAACAUGGCUUUUCCCAAAUCCUCCCAAAUCCUGCUUUUGUCCAUCUGUUUCACCAUCGCCGCCUCGGACAACACCGCAAAACCAACCCUGCCUCACAUCGUGGACUGUUUCUCAGCGAACAUGGAGACGCUUCGGUGCCGCUGGAGCAGUGGGGCCCUCCACAACCUGUCUGAACCUGGGGCCCUCAGACUCUUCUACCUGAACAAGCCAUCAACGGUGAACUGGACAGAGUGCCCGGAGUAUAGCACCAAACGCCCGGACGAGUGCUUCUUCAGUGAGGCCCACACCACAGUCUGGGCCAGCUACAGGGUCCAGCUCCGGUCCAGAGACCAGAGCACGGUCUACGACGAGACUGUGUUCACCGUCUACGAGAGAGUGCGUCCGGAUCCCCCGUACAACCUCAAGUGGGACGUCCUGAACAGCAGUGUGACGGGGCAGUACUAUGACACUGUGGUGAGGUGGAGCCCCCCGGAGUCUGCAGACGUCAAGUCGGGCUGGAUGAAAUUACAGUACGAGCUGCAGCACCGCGACACAAACUCCGAUCUGUGGAAGGCCAGUGACCUCCUGGACACCACUCACAGCUCUGUGUUUGGGCUCCACACGGGCAUACAGUACGAGGUGCGGCUGCGCUGUAAGAUGUCCGGGUUGGCGUUUGGAGACUUCAGUGAAUCCAUGUACAUCUACAAACCCUCCACAGUGUCCAGGUUCCCGGUGGCGGCUCUGUUCAUCUUCGGAGCCCUGUGCGUUGUGGCCGUCCUCAUGCUCGUCAUCAUCUCUCAGCAGCAAAAGUUGAUGGUGUUGCUGUUACCUCCCAUUCCAGGCCCCAAAAUUCGAGGGAUUGAUCCGGAGUUGCUGAAGAAGGGGAAGCUGCGCGAGUUGUCGUCCAUCUUGGGUGCGUCCGAGCUGAGGCCGGAGCUGUACAGCGCUGACCCGUGGGUGGAGUUCAUCGAGCUGGACCUGGAGGAGACGGCUGACCCCCUGACCCACUGUCUGUUACCUGGAUCACCGCGUCAGCACCGCUCCCCCGACUCUCCUGGCUUCCACGACAACGACUCGGGCCGUGCCAGCUGCUGCGACCCGGACCUCCACAGCGACGCGGAGAGCUCGCCUUUCCACGCAACCCCCGAAGAGGAACCCCCCACCCCAACAAUACCUCCCACCCUGCAGCAGGCCAUGUACACCCAGGUCAGCGAGGUCAGGCUCUCCGGGAACGUCGUCCUGUCCCCCGAGGAGGAGACGCACUCACACGAGGAGACCCACUCAAAGCACAAACCAGAGAACAAUACCACUGGUUACACGUCAGAGCUCAACGCAGGGAAGAUCACAGACGUCGAGAGAAGCCGGGAGUCACCGACGGCAGCCAUGUUGCUACUGCCCGCUCCGGCGUACACUGUGGUGGAGGGGGUGGACAGACAGAACAGCCUCCUCCUGACCCCCCACCUUCUCAGCUCAAAGCCCACGCCCGAGGGAUACCUGACACCGGACCUGUUCGGAGGAAUGUCAUCAUAGAAUUCUACUUUUAUAUGAGAAGUAUUGCUUUCCCGUGAUUAAAAGGGACAAAGAGGAGCCUAAAGAGAACACAUUCUAGUCCACAGUGCAAUAGUUAUUUAGAGGUGGGAGAUACAUUGGAAAAUCAUCUUGAAAUUGUUGUUUUGGAGCUAUGCAAAAUUCGAAGAUUAAGGUAAUGUCCCUUCUCUAAACACAAUUAUUUAGUAUUCUCUCAUUUUUCCUGAAGAAUUUAAAUAUGUCCUACAAAUGUGAAUGUACUUUUUGUUGUCCACACUUCACUGUGUCAUUUCAGACGCACCAGGGGCAGAUCCCAUCAUAUAUUGGUGGUGUAAUUACUUGGUAGUACAGACAAGCAUCUCUUUCUGCCCCACUUUAUUUUUAUUUUUUUACUUACUUUAUUACUUACUGAAAUGAUAGUCAGUACUGCAAUGCCCCGUCGGCUCCAUUGUUUACUAAUAUUUCAGCUUUUGCUCCUUUUAAAAUGCAUAGAAGUAUUAUGGUUUUCAUGUUUACUGUCAGUUACAGGAUCAAGUAAGGGAGGAUAUGUUGCCUGCACUCUAACAAAGCUUCUACAAUCACAAAAAAACUGUGCUGCCAGAGCCUUAACCUGCAGAUAGAGGAAAAUUACAAGUUUUUCUCAUUCAGUUUAUGGACAGACCUCAAGUGAAAUCUCAGAACCUCCAGAAUUCACUCAUAUCUGUCUAAUCUGGAGACAGAGACAGGCCAUGUUUAUGAAAUUCAAAGUCUAAUUCUUACAUAUUGUCCCUUAAGUCAUAUUUUAUUCUCAUACAUUUUUCACUAUUUGAUCUUAAACAGUGUUUUUAAAGAUGCUUCUCACUUCUGGCUCUGCUCUGUCCUUGGUGCAGGAGACAGAACAAUCCAAUUCUGAGGAUACACUGACAAAUCCCCCCAAAACAAAUCAAAAAAGCGUUUUCCUGUUUUGUCUUUGACUUCAGAGUGGAUUCUAAACAGCUAAAGUCUGUGACCCACUAACAGUAUUCUAACACCAGCUAGUAUUUUUAAGCAGUAUUAUUUCCUUAAACUGCUCACUAAAACAGCACAUCACUACAUGCAUCUAUCACACAUAACAUACAGUUUCUAACAUUAUAUAUAUGUUAUUUUUCGGUUAAAUAGUGAAGUGCCAAUAUUCUUCACAUGCUGCUUGAUAAUCAGAACAAAAGUACACAAUUUUGAUGUACUUUGCCUGUAUAUUUUUGUAUUGUAUUGCCAGAGGUGGGUAGAUACAGUAAAAUUGUGCUCAAGUAAGAGUAACAUUACUUCAAAAUAACAAGUAGAAGUAGAAAGUAGUGGUCCAAGAAAUUACUCAAAUAAGAGUAAAAAAGGUUUGGGAAACUACUACCCAGGUACAAGUAACUUAAUGAGUAACUGUCUGAACAUAACAUCUGAUCAAUAAUUUGAAGUUAAGGUGAUUUAAAGGAAAUGAGAUUAAAUAUUUUCAAAAGUUAGACACAAAAAUGUGACAAUCUAAAUCAUAUCUUAUUUAAAACCUGUUUUAUACUUCAGUCCACAGUUCAAACCCAUAUUGUUUGAUUUCAGUUAACAUCAGUGCAAGUAAAAUGAAUAUUGUUAAACGACACAUGUUGUAAAUUAGCGAGUACUACGGUCCAAUCACUAGAAACAAUCACAUUCAAUAUUUGGGAAUUUGCCUUUUGGGUAUUACAAAAACAGUGUAAUAAUCAAUAGGGAAAAUCAUCAUCAAACUCUAAAAUCUAAAAACCACCAACAGUCAAAAAUCAGACACUAAUCGAUAUUAAAACUAGCAUCGAAACUAGACACUCAUUUGAACAAGUGUCGAUGCUAAAAGUCACAUUCACGGGACAGAAACGAUCCUUUCCUGAAUAACUUUAUAAGUAUAAGACACAUAGACUAGUACACGCCCAUGGACCACUAUGGAACCUACUGGACGACUGAGGGAUUACACAGAUAUAAGGCCACAUGGGAAUAUAUAAAAGAAAGUACUAUGAUUUAAUGUUGAAAAUGACAUUCUGUUGUAUAAAUGAAGAGUUAUGUUUUUAUUAUCAUUGUGACAUCAGGAUCAGUGUUGAGUAUCGAGUCUAUUCCUUAGUAUCGAAAUGGAGUUUAAAAUAUUAGUGUCCAGACAAUACUAAUGCAAUAUAUGACGCAUGACUGAGAGAGUACAUUUUAGAGUGUUAUAUAUGAAACCUUGAGUUGCUGCUAUUGGUCUCACAGAAAAUGCGUACAUGAAGAUUACUCAUCAUAAUGGUUCUUUGUUUGGUAUUUCUCGGUAUUCCAAUUGCGUUACGUUUUCAAACCCGGACGUGUUUAACAGGAAAAACCUUGAGCUUUUGUAAUGAAAAAAACAUGUGAGGUGUAACUUUUUGAAUGAGCUUAAAGUGCAUGUGACGGCUUUUACUGUUUUUCUAUUUCUGACUUAGUUUGGUGGGAUAGUAGCUGUGCAAAAUAUUUAUCAUAGAUUUACAUAAUUUAAGUCACAUGUGUCAAACUCGAGGCCCGUGGGCCAAAUGCGGCCCGCCAUGUCAUUUUAUGUGGCAACAUAGUAAAGUAAAUUAAAAUGUAUGACUUAAAAUCUCAGUUUAUCAUUAGAUACAGUUACACAGACAUUUUUUCAUGUUUAUGCAAAUCCAUAUGCAAUAUUUGUAAGUUGAAUAAGUAAUAAAUAUAGAAACAGCUAAUUAACAAGAUUAAAAAGUAGUUGCAUUUAUUUUAGAUUACAUUUGGCUACAUUUAGUGACAUUUUACAGUUACAUCUGGCCCUUUGAGAGCGACCAUUUUGUUGAUGUGGCCCUCUGUGACAAUGAGUUUGACACCCCUGAUUUAAGUGUUAGUUUGUGGAAAAUAGUUGUGAAAUGCAAAAAUACAGGACGUAAAGCAUAUUUUUUAAAUGGAAUAUGCUCUGUGCACAGUAGCAUGCUAGCUAGUUCACUGUGACUCAAAGCUAACUGUCACUUUUAUUGAAAUUAGACAACAUAAAAUAAACAAUCUAUUAAAAUUCAAAUUGAUUAAAAUAAAGACUACCCAAUUACAGGAGGAGCUCGGAGUAGAGUCGCUGCUCCUCCACGUCGAGAAGCGCUAGCUGGGGUGGCUCGGGUGUCUGCUUCGGAGGUGGGGAGGUGUUCUGGGCUUGUCCCGGUGGAAGGAGGCCCUGCGGAAGACCCGGGACAUGCUGGAGGGACUAUGUCUCUCGGCUGGCCUGGAGGAGGUAGAGGAAGUGUCUGGGGUGAGGGAAGUCUGGGAGUCCCUGCUUAGACAGCCGCCCCUGUGACCUGGCCCCAGAUAAGUGGAAGAAAAUGGAUGGAUGGACCACUCAGUUAUUUUUAUAUGUAGAAUACUGUCUCAGAAUUAGCAUUAGCGUAUCUCUCUUUCUAAACAUAGUGUCGCCAGUGUAAAAUUUUAGUGUUUAACAUGUUGUCAGUGACAUCCACCUGCAGCUCCCUGUCCACUGCCUCAUCUUUAAAUAUUUAUUCAUUUUAGCGUGACAAAAAAACUCAUGAAAUUGGACAGGAAGUAGCGACGCUAACAGUGAGGUUGCCAGAUGCUACUGUGCACAGAGCCUUUUACCUCUACAUUUGCCAUACCUGUUGUCCGGGUCGAACCAGGAAGUAAAAUGAUAAACUUCAUCAAAAUAAAAAUAAAAAAUAAGCUUGUUUUUUUGUCGUAAAUAUAAUGUUAGCUAUGUUUUAGAGAAAUGCGUACCUACCUGUCAUAUGCACUUUAGCUAUAGGCUUAUCUGACCAGUUGCUGUAUGAAACAAGCAUAGUGCAUGUGGAGGGAGGUGAAGUAGAGUGAUCCCAUACUCGGUUAUAGAACACUGCUUUUCCAUUUAGUCUCCAGGUUAGGGUGACCAGGUUUUCAAAAUUAAAACCUGGGUUGGGAUGAUUGGUAUAAAUAAAACUGAAAAGAGUGCGUAACAUUGGCCAUUGUCUGUUCACUUGUACCAGUCAUAAUCUGAGGGACUUCUGUUGGUACAUUUUGUGCCUUACGGUCAUUUUCAAGCACGGUUUUCUGUAUUUUAGCUAAACAAAUGACAACAUAUUCUCCUCUUUAUCAUUUAGCAGGGAUCAAUUGGCCAAAAUAUAGGGACACAUGGGACAUUUCUUGUAUAAAACUGGGACAAAUCACUGGUUUUGAAUAGAUUUGCUGGGACAGGGGACACAGGGUUCAAAACUGGGAAUGUCCUGGGUAAAAAGGGACGUCUGGUCACCCUACUCCGGUUGCAAGCAUGCAUUUAAAUAAAAUACAUAGGCAUACAACUAUCUACCAGUAUAGGCCAAUGGUAUUAGGCCUACAGUUAAGGGUGUACUUUUCAGAACGUAUUAUCAAGUCAUACAGUUACUCCUGUGUGACUCUUGCAUGGUGCCAUUAUACAAAGCUUUAUGCAAUUUUAAAAUGUAAUCGCUUGUAUUAUUUUUCAGCUACUCCUGUGUUCAGUUGAAUUCAUGGUGCAUGUUUGCUUUUUUUGUUCAUAUUGUACAGUCAUUGAAUGUAAUAUUUUCAAAUAAAACUUUUUUCUAAAAGC